AUCAUUUUUGGUCGUCAUGAGCCGAUAAUAUUCGUUGUACUUUGCUGCGAGUACCCGUCGAAGAUGGUUCCGCGACGUCCAUGCUGUGACCACGGUGUAAUCGCGGCCUCUCGGGCAAUAUCACUUUUGGUAAAAGUGUUGCCUUGUAUUCUUAAAAUGAAAUCAUCUUACAUGUUUGAUGUUGACGAACAUUCAAUACUGUCAUAUCGCGGGUCGAUUCGUGAGGAGAAGGUACCGAACCGUAAGAUGGGUUACGAGAGACGAAUACUGAGGACUUUAUUGUCAAUUUCUAUAGUUUUAGCAUCAUUCGUCACAGUCUAUGGGGACAGGGAUAACAACUUUAUGCAACAAAAGCAAUUCAGGAAUAUAGUACCGUCACCGCUUAUCCAAAAAUGGCGGGAGAAUCAGAUGGGGCCGUCAGAGGAGAAGAUUAGCAACGAAGAGUGGAAAGACGAGCUUCUUAGUAAUCUUAGAAACGUGCUUAGAAAACACAACCCAUCAUCACGAAGCAGAGACAGGACAGACAUCACCGCUUACGGCCUACAAGAACCACUGCCGCAGCUUCCUGCGGACGUCUCGGCUGAUCAACUCUUCAUAUUAGAGGGCGCUUCACCAAACUCACCUCUAGGAAACUACGAGGCGGAAACACCCAUUGAUGAGGACAAGAGAAACGGAUUUUUCUUUGGAAAACGGAAUGGAUUUUUCUUCGGCAAGAGAUCGGGUAGCGAAGUAUCAGCGACCAAAGUUGAUGAUGACAGACUAUCGAAAUUCGAAUCGUCGGGAUCGUUUGAUAAGUGCAGACCAUGCGGUCCACGAAGUCAGGGAAGAUGCGUAAUGGUGGGUACAUGCUGUAGUCCACAGUUCGGCUGUUACCUGUUCACGCCCGAAGCUGCAGCUUGUAUGACCGAAGAUGUGUCCCCGUGUCAACUCAAUGCCCCUUCCUGUGGCCUUGAAGGGCAGUGUGUCGCAAAUGGCAUCUGCUGUUCUGCCGCAGAGGGCGCCUGUCACCUUGACCCGACCUGUACGUCGAUGUCAUUAAAUUGAUUUUGGACGCAAUGGUGUCUUUUCAAAACUAAUUAUCCCGGUGUACAGUUUUGUCUGACCUUGUAAUUUACUUUAGUUCUUAUAACAUCAUCUUUUCCGACCUAUCCAUUUUUUUGUCGCAUUCGUUAGGGAUAUGCAUUUAUCACUGUCAGCUAAAGGUUAUUACGGGAUUCAUACGCCGAAUUUGAUAAUUGUUGUAUUUUCGUACUCAUAUCUGAAUCCAAUGCGCUGGUAAGAAUGAUUGGGUACAGCUUAUACAACAGCAAACUUAUUGUCUGAGUCAGUACUGAUUUUAUCAUGUAUGUUAUCGUGUGUCAAACUAUGAUCGUCAUUGUAUGUAGGCCUACUGAUAAUGUUUGAUAAUGGCUUAUAUUUUGUAAAGUCUGAGAACAUAAUUUUAACAGGAAAACGCGGAAGUGGUUAUUAUAAUAGGAGAACGUAAUAAACUGUCAGGGGAUGACGGCCCCUUAAUCUUAAAGAGUGAGAGUAUGUUUCAUUAAACUCUCCGUAAGCAAUGUAAUGUCUUGUACUAAAUCAGUUAACCCAAUUUAUCAUUUAGAGUUUCAACAAAGUGUGACAGAAUUUCUUAAUAUCCUACUUAAAUGAUUACAAUUAACAAUUUUACAGUCAGAAGAUUUAAAAAAGAAUUUGAAUCUACGUAAACAACAGGUCAUGCAGUGUACGUGUAAAUUCGUCUGUAACUCACUACAGCCGGUAUAAAUGUAAACUACAGGUGGUUUUUAAAUGGGACCGUUUAGACAUUGCAGAGAACUAAAUAUAAAACUUUAUUUUCCUACCUGAAUGAUCGUUAGAUGGAGUUUGAAUUGAAUGUCUCUCCUGAAAGUUAUAUUUUCUGUGAUCGUAAUGUGAUUUGCCAUCCAAGUAUUUUUAAUGUUUUUUUCCACCCAUUUGAGCUCAAUUACAUUUUCGUUAUGAUCUUAAAUCAUAACUAUCCUUAAUCGAGUGAGAACAAAGACAAAUCAUCAACAUAAAUGUUAGACUCACCACAGAUGCAAAACAUUAGGUGUAUAGUAUUUUGCCUGUGACCAAAGGACGAACUGCUGACCGAGAGUUCAGGUCACAUACAUAUCAAUUUUAACAAAUGAGCGUCAUUAAUAGGGAUAAUAAGAUUGAAGCGACCAGACAAGGCUGUUAAAAACUAUAUUAUUUUGGUUGCUCAUGCAACUUUUCACUGUACGCGCGUACAUCGUCCGAUGGUGUGAAAACAACCAUUUUAUACCUACGUGCUCUUAUAAUAGACCACGGUGUCCAGCCCCCCCCCCCCCCCCCCCGAAGUCAGGUGCCCCUGUAGGUUUAAUUUUGAGUAAUACAAUGCAGAAAUACAAUGGAAUUUUAAUGAAAGUUAUGAAUGGAUUACUUAAAGUAUCAGAAAAUCUCUCACACCGUAUCCGUAUAUCCAAGCUUAGGCGGGCAACCCGACACUUCCAUUCAGUUUCAUACCGAUGAUUUUCUAACAUCGUACAUUGAAUUUGAGAGUUCAUCUUGGAACACAGACAUUUCAAAAUGUGACCUUUAGCUGGCGCCAUUCAAUAUCUUUACAGUCACUGGGUGUUGAUAUCAUUAUUUCAUGCUAUGAACUAUAUUUAAAUUUAGUGUAUGUUGCAUGUAAAUAUUGAAAUUUUCUGUCGUUUAUAAAUGCGGAUAAUUAUUAUAAGGCGUGUGAUGAUAAUUUUAAUCAAAAGGGUUUAUUUUGUUUAGGGGACUCGGAAAAAUAACAGUGUAUUCAGUAUUUCUUAGUUUGUAUUUGAGAAGUGAGGUGGGAUGCCGAUGAAAAUAUGAAAUCAUCCGGGUUCUUAACCUCAUUUCAGUUCUCUUUUGUUAUUGCAACGUUCAGUAUUCUCAUGUUUCAUCGUAUUCAUUCUUUGUUACAGCAGCAGUGUAUAUAGCACAUUUGAUGAAACAUCGACAGACAAGAAUAUCCAAGCGACGCUCCUAAUCAUAUUGCCAUAUUUAGUUAGAAAAUAAUAUACGCUUCAUAUUGAAAUGAGACCUAAUUACCAUUGUUAUCAUAAUCUUCUAUUCUGCAAAUUCAUGCCAUAUUUUCCUUGAGUGAUUUCUUUUGUGAAAUAAUUGAAGUUUUUGUUCGUUAACUAAUUAUAUAUCAUUAGUGUAAUUAUAUGUUCGUCAUAUUACGAUUUCAUCUUUAAAGUACUCUUAAAUAAGUAUACAAACAUCUGCGAAUGCAGAAUGAAUAGGCUCCAUCCUUCUUGAUUUCUGUACAUGUUGUAUCAUCGUAAUAUCAGAUACAUAAAUUGCAUGGUAUUGAAUUAUCAUAUUAAUGAUCAAACUGAUUGUGAGAUACAUUUUGAAUUUUGCUCUGUACUAUAUUCUGUAGAAGAUAAUCAUCCCCUAAUCAUCUGACCAUUAUCAACACGAACCUAAUAAAAGGUGCUGGAAUUGGCACAGUCACUUCUUUA